AUGAAUGUUAUUAUUAAUCAUUAUAAUGAUUAUAUUAACAAUGAUGUUAUGAAUGAAAUACUUAUUUUAUCAUCAAAAUUAUUAUAUUCACAAAAUAUUGAAUCAAUAAUUAUUGAUUUGAAUAAAUUAAAUGGUUUGUUAAGAAGAAUUAUAGAAAUGAUGAUGAAUGUUUGUAAAUCAAUAAAUUGGUAUGAACAAGUAAAAUUAAGAAUUAUACAAAAAGAAAUGUUUGAAUCAGAAUUGAUGGUUCCAAAAGAAAUAGAAUAUGAAAAAAGAAUUGAAAUAUUUAAGAAUUAUAUUCACAUUGAUAUUAAAAUUCAUGACCCCAACGUUAAAAAUGAUGUUAUUACUACUCUUAGGAAAUUAAUAAUAAUUUUAUUUCUUCUUAUUCAUACAAAAUCUACAAAAAUAAAUAAAAAUAAUAUAAAAAUUGUAUUCUAUUGUAAUCAUUCAGGAAAGACAAAAGAAACAUGUAAAGGAAGAGAUUGUGAAUAUAAAUUAAUUGUAACAUUAUGA